AUGCAAAAUUUUGGGAAGAACAUUAAUGUAUUAACAGAAGGAUUUAAAGCCGGAAUAUCUGGACUAAUGAACCUCGCUACUCAAGCCUCAGAUUCAGCCAACGGUGCUUAUUUUGUUAAUUUUAAUCAGGAUUGCACGUCAUUGACAGUUGGUACCAAAACAGGAUAUAAAUUAUUUUCUCUACAUUCAGUUGACUUACUAGAACAAAUUUAUGAAAAUGAAGCGGAAGACAUUUGUAUCGUUGAAAGAUUAUUCUCCAGUAGCCUUGUUGCAAUUGUAUCACUCUCCUCCCCUCGAAAACUACAAGUUUGCCACUUUAGAAAAGGCACAGAAAUAUGCAAAUACAGUUAUUCAAACACAAUUCUAGCUGUCAAAUUAAAUAGGACUAGGCUAAUAGUUUGUUUAGAAGAAUCCCUUUACAUUCAUAAUAUGAGAGACAUGAAAAUUUUGCAUACCAUCAGAGAUACACCACCCAAUCCUUCCGGUUUGGUGACAUUAUCAGUUUCUGCUGAUAAUUGUUUUCUCGCUUAUCCAGGAUCAAAUACAAUUGGCGAAGUUCAAAUUUUCGAUGCUAGCAAUUUGCAUGCCAAGAUAAUGAUUCCAGCUCAUGACUCACCUUUAGCCGCUUUGGCAUUUUCUCCUUCUGGUAAAGAACUUGCCACUGCUUCGGAAAAAGGAACAGUAAUUAGAGUAUUCAAUAUUCAAGAUGGAACAAAACUUUACGAAUUUAGAAGAGGCGUUAAAAGAUGCGUGUCUAUAUCUAGCCUAGUUUUUAGUACGGAUUCAAAUUAUUUGUGUUGUUCGAGCAACACGGAGACUGUUCACGUUUUCAAAUUAGAAGAGCCUAAAGAAACGCAAGUUUAUAAAUUUAACGAUGAGAAUCAAGGUUGGAUAGGAUAUUUAACAAAAGCUGUAAGUGCUAGCGCCAAUUACCUUCCAACACAAGUCACAGAUGUUUUCAAUCAAGGUAGAGCCUUUGCAACGGUCCAUCUUCCAUUUCAGGGUAUAAGAAAUGUAUGCGCCAUAACGACAAUAAAAAAAGUUUUGAGAUUGUUGGUGGCGGCCACCGAUGGAUUUCUUUACGUUUAUAAUUUGGAUACAAACGAAGGUGGAGAUUGUACCUUGAUAAAACAGCAUAGGCUUGGAACAAGGGAAAUUUCCAUACCUGCAAGUGAUCAAGUUGAUGGUAAAGUGCCCAACGAUACGACGAAAAUUCAAGGGACAGGAUCCAUAAGUACCUACGCUGGAAUUGUCAAAGGACGUACUAGCAAUGGAACAAUGUCAGGUAUCGGUAUGACUAAUCCAUGUCUACAAUCAAAUACAUAG